AUGUUUUGCCCCUCGUGGCACGCUGGCCUGAAUGCUCUGAGUAGGGAGAUCGAAUCCCAGAGAGAGGGAACCCUCAGUAGCUUUUUCUUCUUUUGGAGGAAAUGUGAUAUGCUGGCAAUCACCUCUGUGACAUUAUACCUCCUGGGGCGCUAUGGUUUAAAGGGGGCGUGGAAAAAAGUCAGAGGCAAGGCGUUGAGGCGGAGGCGGAGCGUCAAAGUGGAGGCGCGGAGCAGUCAGAGCUUUUGUGUCGAACUUUGGAGGUCAGGAGAGGGUGUGAAGACGGACGUGAGAAGAGAGGCGACGGGCGUGAGAAGAGGAGAGGCGACAGGGCAUGAGAAGAGGAGAGGCAAGGCCACAGGCAUGAGGAGAGCUGAGGCGGGUUGUGUCGGAAUAUAUGACCCGAACCUACCCCGCUUAACUUACUGGGCGAAUCUGGCCUGGCUCGUUUUAAAACGGGAUAAAUUUAACAUGCCCCAAAUGGGCGGGUUGAGCAGGUUCCAGGUCACUUUGACAUCCCCUUAUAUAUUAAUUCAGAAUGUGUUAGAGCCUAUGUGGCAGGCUCGCAUGCUUCGGGAUCCUAUGUGGGGUGAGCGCAGUCCGGACGGUCCUGGAUUUGACGACUUGUCUGGAUACCUAUCCCAUUUUUAUGAAUCGGUCCAUGAAUGCUGUAUAGCCUCAAGAAAUGGGCAGUUUCUCUCUACUAGUAGUGAUAAAUUUACAGCCACUGAUCAUUCUGCUAAAGUUGAGAAAGUUGAGGAAGCUGAGACAGUAAAGGUUCCUCCUCCUCCAACAGAGAAGUUGCUUGUGCUCGGUGGAAAUGGUUUUGUUGGCUCUCAUAUCUGCAAGGAAGCUUUAGAUCAUGGUUUGGUUGUUGCUAGCCUCAGCAGAUCAGGUAGAGCCUCAAUACAAGAAUCGUGGGCCAACAAUGUGAUUUGGCAUCAAGGUAACCUUUUCACCACUGACUCGUGGAAGGAUGCUCUUAAGGGAGUAACCUCAAUUAUUUCUUGUGUUGGCGGUUUUGGUUCCAACUCAGAAAUGUACAAAAUUAAUGGGACCGCGAAUAUGAAUGCUAUUAGAGCAGCUUCAGAAGAAGGAGUCAAGAGGUUUGUAUACAUCUCUGCAGCUGACUUUGGUGUGGUAAAUUAUUUGCUAAAAGGAUAUUAUGAAGGAAAGAGGGCUGCUGAGACAGAGCUACUCACCAGAUAUCCAUAUGGAGGAGUGAUUCUUCGGCCUGGAUUCAUAUACGGAACUCGCUCUGUUGGGAGCAUGAAAUUGCCACUUGGUGUGAUUGGUUCCCCAUUGGAGAUGGUGCUUCAGCAUACGAAACCUUUGAACCAAGUCCCACUGGUCGGACCCUUACUCACGCCACCGGUUAAUGUCACUGCUGUGGCUAAAGUUGCUGUGAGAGCGGCAACUGAUCCCAUUUUCCCUCCAGGCAUUGUUGAUGUCUAUGGAAUACUACGUUAUAGUAAGCAGAGAUAAGAGUGGAAAGCACAUCAUCUUAGUUCCAUUAUGAAUGAUUCUAUAUGGAGACUAAACUCAACGGUAAUGGAACGCGCAUCAUUUUAGUUCCAUUAUGAAUGAUUUUAUAAGGAGACUCUAGUUUAUUUGAAGAGGCCUGAAUAAACGAUUAAUUAGUGGAAUAAUAUGUUUUGGUGUUUCCAUGGGAAUCCUAUGUUAUGAAGAGAUGUUUGUCAACGCUUGUGUGUUAUUGGUGGGUAUUUAUGUUGGGAAGUGUAUAUUAAGUUUCUAACCUUGAAGAUAAAACUACAUUGAAUCUAUAUGAAGUUUUAGCAUGAGCAUCAGCAAAUUGAAA